AUGGCGCAGUCACUAGACCCGCCCGCGUACACCCACACUCGGCCUGCUGCAUUGUAUCAUAGUUGUCUCCUCUGGGGCUUCGAGGAGAGAACCCAUCUCAACAACCAGCACCACAACCUUGGCUUGGGAACGACUCAGGAUAGCAUCAUCGCCCAGGCUAGCGGCGAGUCUCCUCUCGGCCAGACUACGCGACCCAUGCACUGCUGGCGGCCGCAUCUUCCUCCCCAAAACUCGCCCAUGUCUCUCGCAGUGCAGCCCAGUCAGAGUCGAUUGGCCUGGCAUGUGGGAUCCUACCAGAGCGAACGGGCCGCCUCCGCAGCUAACUGA